AUGUGUGUAACAAGUGACACCAAUUGUCAGUUUAAAGAAUAUGAAAUGAAAAAGCUGAAGUGGUUGAAAAACCAGCUCUCUAAAGCGGUCAGUAUUUUCCAUGGAGAGAAAGAAACACUGAACAACCAUGAAGUUGCUAGCGGAACUGAGCUCAUAGGCAUUAUCAACAACAUCCAGGAAGUGAAUGGUGAAAUCGAUAUGACCAGCUCAACAUUAAAUGCAAAUACUCUAUGGGAACAUCAAGAAAAGGUUGUUAACUUUUGUGAUGCUGCGAUUGCAUUCAUUAACAGUCUCAAGUUGCCACCACUCUGUGACCACAUUUUGAAAGCAACAGAUGCUGGUCGUGGGGUUGGUGUCACUAACAUCGAGGUUAACUAGAGAGACAUUGACAUGUCAAGGAGUUUAUUAUUAAAAUAGCUGGACUCACAUGA